GUGUCCGUGUUAAUUUGAUUCUGUCAGUUGCCUGUCAGCAGACUGAUGAAACAGGACAGGCUGUGGGACCUGAGGAAGUUGACGGAGACGUGGAAUGGCAUCAAAACGGAGCAGAGAACAGAGAAAUGCUCGGACCAAAUGAGGAGGACAGAGCAAAUGAGCCUGAGAAGAACAAUUCAGAAGACAACUCUGCUGAGCAGCGCUAUCAAAGCCUCGACUUUAGCCGGAACCCUCAGAUGCUGACGGGCUCCUGGGCCGAGUACACCCACACCGCCGAGAAUUACCUCAGAGGCUGCAAAUGGGCUCCGGAUGGUUCCUGCAUUGUCUCAAACAGCGCUGAUAACAUUCUUCGUGUGUAUAACCUCCCGCCUGAGCUGUACAGCAGCCACUGGGACAUGCUUUCUGAGAUG